AUGGCGAACAAUCUGAUCCUCGAAAAGCGUAAAAAUGGCGCUUUGCGCGCAAAUCCAAAUGUUUUCUCCUAUCCGAGAUCAUCGGACGUCAACAUCACAACGUGAGUGGAAGAAACCUAUGUAUGAUUUUCCACCUUCUGAACGUGAAUAGAGCCGGUUCAGAUGUAUACUGGGCAAUCACAGCGUUGAUGGGUAAGUCCUCCCUUUCCGAUAUACGUCUCCCGCCUAUUAAGCGAUUUUCAGGAUUCGUCACUCUCAUCUUCCUCGCAUGGAGCUUCACUGUCCCAAGAAGAAACAGAAUUUUCCACUAUAUCACUCUCUGCAUCACUCUAGUCGCUUGUAUCGCGUACUUCACGAUGGUAAGAAUACGUCAACCCCUCAAUGAGAGGUUUCAACUGAUUUCCUUAGGCUUCCAAUCUUGGCUAUGCCGCUAUCGAAGUCGAAUUCAAGCGCGCCCGCCCCAAUGUCGCAGGUCUCUAUCGAGAAGUUUUCUACGUUAGAUACAUCGACUGGUUUGUCACCACACCAGUAAGUGAUCUUCCUUCCCCAGUUCAUAUCUAAUUUUAACCCUCAUCUAGCUCCUUCUAUUGGAUCUACUCCUCACAGCCGGCCUCCCAUGGCCUAUGAUCUGCUAUACGAUUCUCCUCGACGAGAUCAUGAUUAUCACAGGUCUCGUCGGCGCCCUGGUAAUGUCAAGUUACAAGUGGGGUUACUUCGUCUUCGCCAUGGUGGCCUUAUUCCUCGUUGCCUGGAAUGUCAUGUGGGUUGGAAGAAAACACGCUCGUGCCUUGGGCGGCCCAAUCUACAAGACAUAUAACACUUGUGGAUGCUGGACCAUGAUUCUAUGGUUUUUGUACCCCAUCGCUUGGGGAUGUUCAGAAGGUAAAUAUUUUCCGGGAUAUUUUCCACAACACCAAUUCGGGAAAGAUACAAGCUAAUGAUCUUUUCAGGUGGUAACUUUAUCACCCCUGACUCCGAAGCUACCUUCUACGCAGUUCUAGAUGUCUUGUCAAAGGUCGUCUUUGGGUAAGUCGCUGCGUAAGUCCCCUUCCUGCGAUCAAGUCCUAACUUCUGCACAUAGAUUCAUGCUUCUCAAUGGUCACAGAAACAUUGAUCCAGCCACUAUAGGAAUUCGUAAGUAUCUGCUUAUUGAGAAGGGAUUUCGUGAUCAGAACUAACGAAGAUCAGAUAUCCGAGAUUAUGAUGACGAUAUGCCAGUCCGAGAGAAGAACGGGCUCGCCAGUGCAGCUAUCGCACAAAAUACAACACCAGCUAUUGGUACUACCACAGGGGCUACCACUACCGGGGUUCAUACCGGUGGGGUUCACCCUACUGCUGCAGCUGCUCCAACAACGACUACCACGACAACUGGCACUUCGGCCGUCUAG